AACAUUGGGAUACGUUCUUAUAAAGCCUCCGUCUAAACAAUUUUGGAUUAAACUUUUUCCGAGCUCAGUCGAUGUCGGAGGAGCAGUUCUUGCAUUUGAAGAGGGAAAUUCAUCCACACAGGAAAUUUUGUUGAGAGUAAUUAUGCCUCCUAGAAGCACAACACAGACAGAAACACUCAUAGUCGAGCCCGAUAAGAUUUGCGAUGACAACAAACGGAAACGAACCGAGCGGGAAAUUGUUUGGUUCAAUGUUUACUUUAUGGUAGUGCUGCACCUGAUGGCAAUAUACGGCAUUUCUCUUUUGCCUAGCGCAAACCCACGUACCUGGGUUUGGACCUGGUUAUGUCACUUCUUUGGCGGGCUUGGUAUUACAGUCGGCGUCCACAGACUUUGGUCUCACCGUUCGUUCAAAGCAACUUGGCCCUUGAGGCUUGCUCUGAUGAUAAUGAAUUGCAUCGCUGCUCAGAACGACAUUUUUGAAUGGGCCAGAGACCAUCGCGUGCACCACAAGUACUCUGAAACCGAUGCCGACCCACACAAUGCCAAAAACGGUUUCUUCUUUUCACACGUAGGAUGGCUGCUGGUUCGAAAACAUCCUGAUGUCAUUGCGAGGGGAAAACAGAUUGACCUGAGUGACUUGUACGAAGAUGGAAUUGUUAUGUUUCAACGAAGGAACUACAAGUUACUCGUGAUAGUUUUCAACAUUUUAAUGCCAGUAGCUGUGCCAUGGUUCUUCUGGAAUGAAAGUGUCUGGAAUGGAUUCUUUAUUUGUUAUGCAUUCCGUUAUGUCGUCACCCUUAAUGCCACAUGGUGUGUAAACAGCCUGGCUCACCUCUGGGGAUCAAGACCAUAUGAUGAGAGCAUUAAUCCUUCUGAGAAUUUCACUGUUGUCUUGGCAACUGGUGGAGAAGGAUUUCACAACUUCCAUCACACAUUUCCACAGGACUAUGCUACAAGUGAGUUGGGUUCACCAAUGAAUCCCUCAAAGUGGUUCAUUGACCUUUGUGCAUUGCUUGGACUGGCAUAUGACUUGAAAACCAUCUCGAAAGACACCAUCCUAAAGCGAAGAAUGCGCACUGGAAAUUUGCAGCAUCUUAAACAUCAUGAUGACUAGAUAGUCAAAUUCUCAUCACCAUCAACAACAUUUUUUGGCCAAGUGCUUUCUUUCCUACAGUAGAGUAGAGCCUCAAGCUUCAGGUAUUGCAGGAGUUCUUAAUACUGUGUGGGACAUUGCGCAGUCAAAUUCCAUAUUUUAGUAAGUGUAGAUUAGAGCUUUUUUUUAAAAUUAAAUUUAUUUCACUAAGCUAAGCACAGAGAUUUCAAUUCAACUGCCACUUAAAAUUGAGAUACAAAUGACAGUUAGCUUUGAUUAAAAAGUAACAGUUAAGUUUCUAGAAUUUAAUAAGGAUUUGAGAGUUCUUUUUAAGUGUCUCUAAAUUGAAAUAGUUAAAACUAAGAGAUGAUUUGCUAUUACAGCUAUAUGCAAAUGUCUUCCAUAGAAACUGAUAAUUUUAAAGCAUUAGAAUUGUAGAAAAUAUAACGACAAACAAAGUGGCUUAAAAGCAAUAUAAUUUAAAUGUGCAAUUGAAUUAAUCAAAUUCCAAUGAUACAUUGCAUUGUGCACAAAUGAAUCACUGUAAAGGUAAAGGUAAUAUAGCAUGAUGUCAUUUUGACCCACCUCCUCGUCUCCCCCCCUUCCCAUACCAAUAUGGUAUGUGCCAACUCUCCCAGAUCAUGUGAGAGUCUCUUGGAUACAGAACAAGUCUUCCUGUCCCCUGUUCACCAAAUCUCUUAGAUAACAGUGAUGAACCAGAUUUCAAGAGCUUUGCUCCACUCACAGUAGGCUGACAUCGUAUCCCUAGAUUUACUCAAAUUAAAACAAUUUUGGUUUUACAAGCUUGUCUCACCUUUUCUCAAAGCAUUUUUAUGCAACUAUGUCUUGACCAAAACUAGGUAAAAGCUUUCUUCAUUUUUUGGGAAGGGAGAUUGAUUCAAUUGGGAGGGGGGGAAGGUAAUAAUUUUGUAGUUGCGGGGGUAUUGCUGAGUAAAUGCUGUGAAGGCAUAAGAAUAAAUCUCCAUAUUUUAGAUCUCCACAGGUUGGCAUCCCUGCAAGACACACCCCAAUUUCUUAAUUAAAUACCCCCCUCCUUCUUGGCAGAAUUUAUAAGGUAAUAUCUAAUAGGCUUAAUUUAAAUAUUUUUGGGAACAAGUUGCAUAUUGUGGGCAAAUUAAAACAGCAUUUAUACUGUAGUCUACUUAUUUUCUACAUUUGCAAUGCAUGAGAAAUUUUUUUGUAGUAUUUUAUGACUCAAAUGAUGAAUACUUGUUCUGAAACAGUCAGUUUGGCUAGUCAAGAAUAUGCCACAGCUUAUUUUGAUAAACAGUUUUCUCCAAAAAAUUAUUUAAUGAUGUUAUUGUGCAGGCUAUAGGAGAUGAGUAAAGUAAAUAUCAUGAAGCCUGCCUAAAUUAUUCACAUGGGUGUAAAAAUAAGGAGCAAAGUUACCAAUGUGUUUUGAAAAAUAAUUAAUAUAUUACCCAUAAAUAGUAUUGUAAAAA